AUGGCGAAGUCCCCGGGGAACUCUGCCCUGGAGGAGAUUCUAGGGCAAUAUCAACGGAGUCUCCGGGAACGUGCCAAUAGAAGCAUUCAUCAACUGAAAUGUGCCCUGAGAGAAGGGGAUUUCACAGUUGGAGAAGAUGUACUAGAACCUUCUUUUAGCACCAGUGCAGGAAAUGAGGACACUGGGACUGCCUGGCAAGAACUUCAACAUAGCCAUGCUGUUAAUCAACUCAAAGCUUUGUUGCACGAACAAGCAGCUAAGGAAAGUGAGAUAUCUCCAUCAAGAAGACGAAAAAUGUCCCCUUUGAGUUCAUUAGCAGAUGAAGAAAACAAUAUGCCUACUUUGCAAAAUCUUGUCCCUAUCAUUAAUGACCAGUCUCAGUACAUUCAUCAUUUAGAGGCUGAAGUACAGUUCUGCAAGGAGGAACUCUCUGGAAUGAAAACUAGAGUGCAAGUAGUUGUGCUUGAAAAUGACAAGCUUCAGCAAGAGCUAAAAUCUCAAAGAGGAGAGAUGACAAUGAGAGAGCAAACACUUCUGGAUGCAUCUGGAAACAUGCAGAAUUCUUGGAUUACAACAGGUAAAGGUUCUGGAGUGGAUGAAGCUGCCAAGAGACCGUUUCCCCAUGGUGACACAGAUCUGGUCAAAGCUGAGGCUGAAAAAUGGAAGCUUGAAUUGGAGAGACUAAAGCUUACUUAUGUGGAUAAGAGUGAAAUCCUGGAAUCUCAGCUGAAGUUUCUGCGGAAAGACUUAACUGAAUAUCAGAAAAAAUGUGAAGAUCUUCAAGAGCGACUAAAACAUAAAGAAUCUCUGCUUGCUGCUAAUAUUUCUAAUCGUGUUGGUGGUCUUUGUUUGAAAUGUGCUCAGCAUGAAGCUGUUCUUUCCCAAACCCAUAAUAAUGUUCAUGUACAGACCAUUGAAAGAUUGACUAAAGAAAGAGAUGACUUAAUGUCUGCACUAGUUUCCAUAAGGAGCAGCUUGACAGAUGUGCAGCAAAGAGAAGCACAUGCUUAUGAGCAGGUGAAGCAAGCUGUGCAAAUGACUGAAGAAGCCAAUUUUGAAAAAACCAAGGCUCUGAUCCAAUGUGAGCAGUUGAAGAAUGAGCUGGAGAGGCAGUCAGAGCGACUUGAAAAAGAACUUGUAUCUCAGCAAGAGAAAAGGGCCUCUGAGAAGGAGAUGAUGAAAAAAGAAAUAACUAAGGAGAGAGAGGACCUAGAAACAAAGAUGAUGACUUUGUCUCAGAAUAUUGCCCAACUGGAAGGCCAGGUGGAAAAGGUUACAAGGGAGAAGAUUUCAGCUAUUAAUCAACUAGAGGAAAUUCAAAACCAGCUCACUUCUAAAGAAAUGGAUGUCACACAGGUGUGUGGAGAAAUGCGCUAUCAGUUGAAUAAAGCCAAAAUGGAGAAAGAUGAGGCAGAAAAGGAGCACAGAGAGUACAGAACAAAAACUAAAAGGGAUCUUGAAAUGAAAGAUCAGGAAAUAGAAAAAUUGAGAUUAGCACUGAGUGAAUGCAGGCAGCAUUUGGAACAGGAGCAGCAGAAGGGAGCUGGAGCCAGAGAGGAAUGCCUGAAACUGACAGAACUGCUGGGCGAAUCCGAACACCAACUGCACCUCACCAGGCUGGAAAAAGAUAGCAUUCAGCAGAGCUUUAGCAACGAAGCAAAGGCCCAAGCCCUUCAGGCCCAGCAAAGAGAGCAGGAGCUGACACAGAAGAUACAGCAAAUGGAGGCCCAGCAUGACAAAACUGAAAAUGAACAGUAUUCAUUGCUGACCUCUCAGAAUACAUUUUUGACAAAGUUAAAAGAAGAAUGCUGUACAUUAGCCAAGAAACUGGAACAAAUAUCUCAAAAAAGCAGAUAUGAACUUACUCAGCUCAGUCAAGAAAAAAGGUAUACUUAUGACAAACUGAUCAAGUUACAGAGAAGAAAUGAUGAAUUGGAGGAACAGUGCGUCCAGCAUGGGAGGGUACAUGAAAUAAUGAAGCAAAG